GGUACAGCAUCUGUGCAGUCCGCUCAGCUGUCUCGCUCAGCUGUCCAGCGCUCCCACUUUACAGGAAACUUUUAACGCAGCAGUCGUAACUACUGCACACUUGUACACAUCAAGUGUAAACAACGUGUGAUAGAUAGGUCAUUCCACCCUGCCUCGGCUGCCCGUGUGUUGAUCCCUUCAGCAGGCCCUGAGUCUCCUGUCCACGGCAUCCGUGAUGAGUUACUACAUGGAUCCUGUUUCUUCCUACCCAGCCCUUCUUCACCCCUGUGACCGUCUGGGCGCAACGAGACAAAGUGGAGGGGUGGCGGUUGGUCCUCAGAUCCAGCUUCCAGGCGUGGUUCACCCCCAGCAGCAGUUCUACCCAUCACAGCCACUUCUCCCCCACGACAUCCCCCUGCAGGAGGUACCCGACGGGGGCGACGCCUGUCCCACUGAUCCGGAGUGUGGGGAUGUCCCCCUGCUGACUCCAGGAAGUAAAGAGAUGAUGUCCCAGGCUCUGAAGGCCACCUUCAGCGGCUUCACAAAGGAGCAGCAGCGACUGGGUAUUCCCAAAGAUCCCAGACAGUGGACAGAAAAUCAUGUGGCAGAGUGGCUAACGUGGACAGUUAACGAGUUCAGUCUGAAGAAUGUGGACUUUGACAAAUUUGGCAUGAACGGAGCCAGCCUGUGUGCCAUGGGGAAAGACCGUUUCUUGGACCUAGCACCUGACUUUGUGGGUGACAUCCUUUGGGAACAUUUAGAAAUGCUUCAGAAAGAGGAUACAAAGCAUUACCCCAUCAAUGGACUGACCUCCAGCUUCCAGGAAUCCCGCUAUACCUCAGACUAUUUUGUCAACUAUGGUGAGCACGCUCAGUGCGUCCCUCCUUCUGAAUACUCGGAGCCUGGCUUCAUCACAGAGUCCUACCAGACGCUUCAUCCCAUCAGCUCAGAGGAACUGCUGACGCUCAACGAGUACCCUGCUUUUAUCCUGCGGGACACGGCCCUAAACUCCAUGCAGGGCGAAUACUUUUCCGUCAAGCAGGAGGUGGUGUCCCCCGACAACAUGUGUGUGGGGCGCCUCAGCAGAGGUAAGCUUGGUGGUCAGGACUCCUUCGAAAGCAUUGACAGCUUGGAGAGCUGUGACCGACUGACCCAGUCCUGGAGCAGCCAGUCCUCAUUCAGCAGCCUGCAGAGGGUACCGUCAUAUGACAGCUUUGACUCAGAAGACUACCCCGCCGCCCUGCACAGCCACAAGCCCAAGGGCACCUUCAAAGACUAUGUGAGGGAGCGCUCCGACCUCAGCAAGGACAAACCCGUCAUCCCGGCAGCAGCACUGGCAGGAUACACAGGCAGCGGCCCCAUCCAGCUGUGGCAGUUCCUCCUGGAGUUGCUGACCGACAAGUCUUGCCAGUCCUUCAUCAGCUGGACAGGCGACGGCUGGGAGUUCAAACUCUCUGACCCAGAUGAGGUUGCUCGGAGGUGGGGCAAAAGAAAAAACAAGCCCAAGAUGAAUUAUGAGAAACUGAGCCGUGGCCUGCGAUACUACUAUGACAAGAACAUCAUCCACAAGACGUCUGGGAAGCGCUACGUCUACCGCUUUGUCUGUGACUUGAAAAGCUUGCUGGGCUACACUCCCGAGGAGCUGCACGCAAUGCUGGACGUAAAGCCCGACACGGACGAGUGAACGCGUAGAUGGACACGAGAAGUGGGGACAAAAGUCAAGGAGCCACGUGGACUGAGGCUCACAAAGUGGUCUUCACUGUUUGAUUGAGUUGGGAAACCAUUGUUCUGGGGGACUAAAAUGUUCGUACGGCCUCACUGAGGUCUUUGUCAACUUUGAGCUCCUGUUUCUCAGACCAUAUUUAGAAAGAAGGCAGAAGUCAAAAGUCGGUAAUCAUACCCCACUGAGUUUGAGAUGCGUGCACGGAUGUGUGUUUGAAAUAGUGUGUGAGAUAUGUAUGUGUAUAUGUAUAUAUAUAUAUAUAUAUAUAUAUAUAUAUACAUAUAUAUAUAUAUACAGGUAUUUAGUAGCGCAAGGCAGUUGAAGCGCUAUCGGGUAGACUUCAGGUUCUGUUCUGUUAAAGUAGCGGACGGGGGCGGGGCCAAGCGAUUCACCAAGGUUCAAAGUGCGAGAGACACGAGAGAAAUGAAAAGCUCAAUAACACGAUGCAAUUCAUUGUUGGGUGUAAAAGAGAGAGCAGGCAUGAAGUUCCUGCUGAGAUAAAGGUUGCCAAAAUGUAAAAAAAAACUAAAAUGAACCGAGAAAUGCAUUGUAUUAUAUAUCCGUACAUUCUGACUGUUUCUCUCUGACGUGGAGAGAGGUUUCAGCUUGGACCAAAAAACAGUGUCUUUUUGAAUUUGAUAUUUAAAGACUGUAUACUUGUGCCAGUAUUAUACUAUCAGGACACACAGUGUAAACCUACCAGGCAGGUUAGUGGAUAGAUUAAGUGGAAUCAAACAUGAAAUGCCAGGUUCGACCGUCCUUUUGUGUUCUCAAAGAGUCUGUCACUGAAAAAUGCUGAUUUGUGAUCAGAUGACACUACAGGCAUCAGACCUGUGCUCUCUGAACCGUGUGAGGACUCGGUGGGGAUUACUCAUUUCUAAAAUGUCUGAAAGACAACUGAAAGUAGCCGUUGCUUUUGAAACUGACGCUCUCACCUAUAUGUAUACUUUUGCCAUCUUGUUAGACGCAUAUUGUGGCUGAAACUUAUGCGUUUUUUGCAUAUGCCACCAGUAUUAGCAAACUGUAGACAAUCUAUGUGGGGAAAUUCAGGAGUCUUUAGUAAAAAAAAAAAAGAAAAAGGAAAAAAAAAAAGCUGUUUAACGUUCAGAUUAGAUGAACAAUUUUGUCAGGUCACUGUCCAUGUUAGCAUUGUGUUUUUAUGGUCCCGUCUGUUUAGCCUGGAGAAUCACACGUCGUUUAGCUGAGGGAAAUCCUCCGAAUGUCAGUUUAAUCUCGCCCGUUACGCAGUACAUUUGGGUCUCAAGGAAGCAGCUGCAGUAUUGUGUGAUUGUACAAUGGAAGAAAAAGGGACAGGCAGUAGAAAAAUGGUGAGUAUGGCGAACGUGAAACUUUUGAUGUAGGUGAAGGUGACAGAAAGAAGGCUGUGGAUAACGCAGAUGACGAUCAGCAAUAGUCAGACGAGGGAAGUCAGUGGAUUUGAGAUGAAGAAAGCCGAUGACAGACCAUUCCAUUUUAAGUUUUUGUUUUACUCAUCUAUGACAAAACAAUAUUCAGAACGAAUGACCGACAGAGUACAUGCGUAACAGUUCACUGGUUACAUUUGAGCGAAUUGGCAAGCAGUUUCCUCCCAACAGUGGGAACAGUGGCUGUACACUGGGAAAUGCCAAAGUUGAAUAUUAUCUUAGAAUACAAUGUUAUUGUUUACAGUGGCUGAAUGUUACCCAUAUGGAUGAAAAUAGCUUUUGAAAUGUCUAUUUGUACAGAUUGUAUUUCAUAAUGCUCUAUUGAGACCCAGAUUACACAAAUAAGCAAGAGACAAAGCAGAAAUAAUAACCAAAACCCAUGUGAGGUCUUUGGCCACGGUGCUUCGGGUAUCCACAACUUUAGAAGACAGGGACCAGAAAUCUCCUGUGUAUUUGGAAAGUGUUUUUUUUUUUUUUUUUUGUCUUUUAAUAUUUUGGAAAGCACACAGUUGAGGAAAAAAAGAGGCUUAUUUAGGUUUCCCACUGAGUGCAGAGUAGAGAUACUGUAUGUGUUCAUAAUCUCUAACAAGCUUGUUCAAUAUUAUUGAGCACUGACUUUCAAACCCGUGAUGCUUAUCCAAUACACAGAUCUAAAACAAAGCAGCUGAUAAUAAGCUGCACUGUAUGUUCAUUCCUUCCUACACGUUGCUUUGAAACACUGUUCUUUUUUUCCAAAUAUUAUUAUUAUUAUUAUAAUUAUUAUUCUGUAUUUUGUUAAGGUCAGAUUUUUAGCUUUACAGAUUUUUUUUUAACACCUUUUGUGAUGAUAAAUGUUCCCCCAACAUGAAGUGAUAAUGCUCACAGGGCUUCAUAAGAAAAGAUAACAUUCUAUUACCUAAAACAUUUUUUGGAAUUUAUUUUUGUCAGGAAAAUCUGUCAUUGAACGUGGGAUACUACAGUCUACUGCAGGACUUUGGAGUUUAUACAUACCAAUAUUUUGAGGCAUAUGCAUAUCUCAGAGUGGAUUCAGAAGGAAAAGCCUUAUCGUGUUUCAAUGUUGUUCUUUUGUGUAUAUUUUAUAUUGUCUGUAUUUUUGUUAUGAGAUCAUUUUUUAUUGUAUUUAGUUCACAAACAUUUGAAUAUUUUUCAAUAAUUUAUAUUUUAUAAAAGACAAGAGAUGCAGACAGCUGGUGCUUUCAUGGGAAUUUAAAGGUAGCGCAGGACAAAAUAAUGUAGCGAUUUCUUUUUGUUUUUUGUUUUUUUUGUUUUCAUAUAGAAAAUAGACCUGUCUGCAAGGAAGAAAAAAAAGGCUGAUGCUGGCCCAUCAAUGUUUUCUGCUGGAAAGGUUUUGUAAACUGUAGCUUCUAUUUCUAAAAUGUACUUAAUGUACUUCAAAAUGUUAUGAAAAUAUAUGUGAAGAAAGAUUUUAUCA